AUGAGGGAUCCAGAGACAUUUGGCGACCAAGCAGAUAAGUUUGACCCAUCUCGAUGGUUAAAAUCCGACAUGAAAGAUCUCCAACGCAUGGACGACUGUCUUAGGCUUGCUUUUGGCUCUGGCAUGUCUGAAUGUCUAGGGAGAAGGACCGCGUUCCUGGAAAUG